AUGGCCUCAUCUCAGGAGUUCUCUGGCGACGAAGAUGAAUGGAGUGAUGAAGGCAAUGUACUCGAGACUGCCUAUGGUGACAAGAUCGACCAGCAUCUGACCUCACGCCAAUUGACUGCCGAGCAAGUUCGAGCACUCCAGCCAUUGGUAGAUGGGUAUAUUGGGCUAAAGGGUAAAGAAAGGACUGCAUACGUACAGAAGGCAUUCGAAACAGUCUGGGAUGGAGACGCAAUUGAUUGGACCAAACCUACAACGUGGCCGAGCAGAGCAGCCAAUCCACGUUUUACUUACCUCAAAAUGGUGUGUGAGCUACUUUUUGACUGGUUUGAGAUCAUGGCCAUGGCGAUUCGUAACUUCUUCAAAGAGCGUGGGAGGGUGCGCGAUGUCAUCGUGAGGCUGCCUGGCAAAGGGAGAAGUCGCCUCGACUGGACAGUGCUCGGCGUAUGUGGCGAAGUCUACAAGGGCGUGAUAUCCGAUCUCGUGGAGGAGGUGUCAGGUCUUAAGCCUGGGGCUAAGAAAGGGUGGCUUACGGAGUACAAGCGAGCUCGUGCUGCCGUGUACUACAGCCUCACUGAGGAAGAGCGCACUGAGGUUCAAGUUCUCUGUAAGCAGUGGAACCGCACGGGCAUUCCUUUGUCAAUCAAGAAGAAGCAAUAUGACCGCAACUGUCGACGUCUUCUUCGUGACGUUGCCAUGGCAUGCCUCAAGCGCUACGGUGUUUAUGUAUACUUUCUGGUGGUUGCAGAGCCUGGUGUGGAUGUGCAGACGGAUAUUAUCGACUUCAGCACUGAUCUUGGCCUUGGAGAUCAGUUAUUUGAAGACACAACAGUCAUUCAAAGCACGCUAGCCCGCUUGCAGAGCUUUGUUCAUACCCAUGCAGGCGCAGGUGAGGUUCGGACCGAGGGCAAGAAACAAAAGGAGUCGAAGCUUUCGAAACCUACUGCAUACAACCCGAGCUCCGAGCAGUUUCGCAACCGCAACAGUCUGGCCAUAGAGGAGAAAUACUUCGACAUGGCAAAUGUGGCAAAGGACUCACGCAACGUCCUGUACUCAAUAUUUCGUUAUGCUCAUGCCAACAUCUCUCCGCGUAGGCCUGGAGACAUUGAACCUCCUUGGAAGGCGAUAUCCGAGGGUCGUUGUGUCGAUGCAAGGUUCUUCCCGCCAGGCUUCAAACCCGGCGAUGUCACCAUGGCACGGGAGGCUCAGCGUAUGGAGCUCUUCUAUCAUCUUCUUAAGAUCGGCUAUCUCGAGUUUCAUGAGUACAAGAUCCGGAACAGUGAUCCUCAGCCUCCUGUUCCAUUUGACCGACGGUGGUGGGCCGUGCAGCCUGGUCAGGCCGGUUUUGACGAGUUCGAGGCCGCGAAGGCGAAAGCAUUAGCAGCCAGACCAACCUACUUCGGCAACGACACCGUCCCUCCACCCCCUUUGAACAAUCUGGACCAAGGUACCGCAAGCCUCGCCCAGUCGGGCCUGUCCCGCGAAGGUUCCGCCGACUCUGGACCCCAGCCCGGUUCUGCCGAGCUCUCUAUGUCGCAUCAGCUAUCUUCUAACUCAGUACAACAGCCUGGCAUGUCUUCCUAA